AUGAAUUUCUUAAAAUGUUCAUCUAUUAAUUUUAUUUAUCGUUCACAAUUAUCACGUACAUUUUUUACAUCUUUACAAUUCAAAAAUAAUUAUUCAGAAGUUCUUAUUUCAUCUUGGAAAACUACAAUUUCUAGAAUCGUUACUACAAAAGAAGAAAUUUUAUUUCCAACACCACUUCAACUUCUUUCUAUUACUUUGAAUCGUAAAGAAAUUAUCAAUAAUAUUCCAUCAACUCAAACUCCACCAGAUGAAACACCAUUACCACCAAAUUAUCAUUUAGUAUAUUUUAAUCCAAGUGAUUAUGAACAUGAAUUGUCAAAUGACGGAUAUAACACUUUAUAUUCACCACCUCCACCAUUUCUAAGACGUAUGUGGGCAGGAGGUGAAUUAAAAUUUAAUCAUAAAAAUCAAUUAAGAAUUGGUCAAAAAGCAAAAAUGACUACUAAACUUCGUGAUGCAGAGUAUAAAAUUGGAAAAUUGGGUGAAAAUGUUUUUGUUUGGCUUGAUAUUAAUAUUAGUAAUGAUAAUGGUUGGUGUAUAAAAGAUACUAGAUGUUUUGCUUAUGUGCCAUCAAGUGAAAAUUUAUCACCUGAAUUUGAGAAGGUUAUAUUACCUACUUCAAUGUUAUUGUUUCGUUAUUCAGCUUUAACAUUCAAUAGUCAUCGAAUUCAUUACGAUCACAUUUAUUCGACUGAGAUUGAAGGAUAUCCCGGUUGUUUGGUCCAUGGUCCACUCACUUGUACUCUUCUUCUUGAUUUAAUUCGUGAUAACUUGCCAAGUUCUUCGUACAUUAAAUCUUUCAAAUAUAAAGCGUUAAGUCCUUUAUAUGUUGGAGAAGAAUUUAAAGUCUGUGGAAAAAAGGGUCACACUGAUAACACAUCUUUAGAUGUUUGGGCUGAAAACAUACAAGGUGGAGUUGCUAUGAAAGGAACUGCUAUUAUCGGUGAUACAUAA